ACACAUGACACAUCCCACUCAACUAGUCCCUUUAAGCUCCACCACGAAACACCAAUCCCUUAACACACACACGUGUUCACUUUCAUCCACCGAGCCAUAACCCCCAAGUUCUCCUUCAAAACACCAUCAAAAUCCUAACUUUGUUGCAACCCUUUUGAUGUGCUUUCCUUUUGAGAUCAUUUUGCUUCAAACUUGAAUUUUGUAUUAACACACUUCCUCUCACUCAUUCAUCACCAAUAUAAUGGCUUGUGCAUUGCAAGCAACCUUAGCAGCCAACACCUAUGGCUUUUCUGCAAGGAGAUUCUCCUUGAAGCACCACAUGACCAAUAAGGGAAGAUCUUGCUUGUUCACUGUCAGAGCUUCUCCUGAUGACUCUGACUGCAAUGAGGAAGAGUGUGCUCCGGAUAAGGAAGUUGGGAAGGUCAGUGUGGAAUGGUUAACUGGGGAGAAGACUAAAGUAGUAGGUACAUUUCCACCUGGUCGUAAGCGGGGUUGGACAGGGUAUGUUGAGAAGGACACUGCUGGGCAGACAAACAUAUACUCGGUUGAGCCAGCAGUUUAUGUGGCCGAAAGUGCAAUAAGUUCAGGAAGUGCUGGCUCUUCUUCUGAUGGUGCUCAGACCACAGUGGCAAUUGUUGCAGGCAUUGCCCUGGUCUCAGUUGCUGCAGCAUCAUCAAUACUGCUACUAGUUGGUAAGAAUGCUCCUCCUCGGAUCCAGACGGCCGAUUACUCUGGACCAUCACUUAGUUACUACAUCAACAAGUUCAAGCCACCCGAAAUUACUCAAGCAUCUGCUCCUAGUGAGGCAGAACUAUCAUCACGUGUUCAACCUGAAAGCUCUUCUCCAGAAGUUUCUGGAGUUCAGUUUGAAUCACCAAUUCAGCUGGAGAACUUAAGUGUUAGCACUGAAUUCUAGUGGAAAGUGAUGAUAUUAGCGAACACAACUUGACUAAAGGUUAACCCCUGCAUUAGCUUCAGCCUUUAUAUAAUCUUCAAAAUAGUGAGACCACAUUUUAGAUUUUAUAAUGUCCUUUUGGUUUCUAAGGAUUUUAGAGGCAUGUUCAAGAUCCCUAUUGGUUCUCACUUUCUCUCAUUAUCUUCCAUUGACUUGUAUAAGUACUUCCGUUGUGAAUGAAAGAAGACACCACGCUUCUGUGUCCUCUCUAGAUCAUUCUCUCCACUCUUUUUAUAUCUUAUGCCUAUUUGCAUUCCUUAAUUUAUCGGCAUGAUCAAAUCUCCAACACUGCAGCAAAAUCCUUCUUUAUUUCGAGCAUAGGUCUGUACUAACUAUAUGAUGAGUUUGAUCUAAAAGGAGGUUUUACUAGAAGGUAGCAUUUUUCUUACCAUUUUUAUUAAUAUAGUUUAUGGCUUAUCU